UUAAGGAGUCCAUUACAGGCGUUAGUGCUUUACCUUGCAAUUAAUAAUAUUUAUUGCAUUUACAGAGCAAGUAAUUUGGUAGAAGUGUUUAUGGUGAACAAUAUUAGUUGUUACAGUGAUAACAAGUUAAUUUGUAGAAUGUUUUUAUCCCCAAACUAGUAAAAUAAGGUGUUCUUUCUUACCCGCCAUUUUGUUCAACCAGGAGUGUUUAUGGAGAACGGCGAAGAUUCAGGUGACAGUUCCAAGGAAGGCAUGAAGGCUUCAGCAUAGCACUUGUGCUAUGGAGCUCUACAGCAUGAAUAUAGACAAAACACCGGUUUACCCAGAACAUGUUCCAUACGAGGCGGCUGCGCCUCCCCUGGGAGUGGGGCGCUCCCCGGUCAACAAGUUUGGGCCUGUGUCUGGUGACUUACUGGCCAGUUCCUGGAGUGCUAUAAUUCAUCGGCCUGCCGAGGAUUCAGAACCGGACGAUCUUCCAUCAACUGUUGACAUGGACGCUAUCAAGGAGCCAUUGACCCCGAUGCCUGCUCCGGUUCUGACACCCAAGCCAGAGCCUCCGGAACCUAGUGGUGACUCGAGCUCCGGGUCUGAUACUGAGGCAGACUCGAGCUCCGACACAGGCGGAGAAUCCAACACUGACUCUGAGGGAGACAGCCACAGUCACAGCAGCUGGUGGUCUCUGUGUGGAAGUGAAAAACAGGCACAGGCUUCUCCAGUCAGGACCAAGGUCAGCUCUUGUAGCUCCAACAGCAGUUCUAGUGGCUCGGAGCAUUCUACCACCAACGGACAACCACCUAAACACUUCUCUAUCCAGGACCAGGGUGGUCUGAAAUUAAAAAUAUCAGCUUUGAAGAUUACCAAAAAACCACCAGCUAGGGAAGAAUCAUCAUCUUCUAGUUCGAGUAGUGAAGAAAGAAGCAAUUCUUCGUCAGAUGAAGAAGCAGACAAAUCCUCCGAUGCAAGUCAAGGCAGCUGUAGGUCACCAAGACCUAGAAAACAGAUUGAGCCAAGAAAACAGGCGCCACCUACUCCUGAAGUAAAGAAACAACCGGACGAAGAGCCUACAAAACCAGUGAAAGAUGAGAGCCCUGUUAAAGAAAAAAUAAUUGAGAGCCCUGUAAAGGAAGUGGAAGAAAAGAAAAAGCGGGUCUUUGAAGAAAAGAAAGAGGUAGCUUCUAGAAGUUCGAAAUCGGUUGUUGAAGAAAAACCUACUAAAGUCGUCAAUAACAGCACAAAACUAGUCAAAGAAGUGAGCCGCCCUAGUUCUCUACGAGGCUCAGCGCGUUUAGCAAAUUUGAGAUCAGAAACAAAAAACGUCAAGUCUCCAGUGAAAGUGAACAAUAGGACUAGUGAAAGUGUUAAAAACAGUCGGGUUGCAAAAGUCGUCUCCCCUCCUAAAAGUGCUGAGAAACCAUCCCCUCAGACUACUAACAAGCUGAGGAACUUCAGACGGAAGUCGAAACCCAGCACAGAACAAGAAAAAACACCUUCAAAGGUGCGGUGUGGAGCAGUGGACAGUUGUGAUUCGGAUGACGAAGAUGAAGAAGAAACAGAACGAAACAGGGAAAGAGAUGAGAAGGAUAGAGAUAGAGGAAGAGAAAGAGAGGGCGAGAGUGAUGACAUCUCACGACUGGCUCAACAGUUGGGGGAGACAGAGACGGAAACUACCAUCCCCAUCUCUGAGCAACUACAGGUAAUCAAUCAGGAGGACCUGGCAGCCAUUCUACCCGACGUAGUGGGGUUUGAUGGUUUCGAGGAUGUCAGCAGUGGGGAAGGCAGGAGUGGGGCAGGUGUGUCGGGGGUGACCAGCAAGCAGCCGCCAGCUAGGGUAGUGUCCCAGGAUAGCUCCAGUGAUACAGAACUGCUGCCAGAGCAAGAGCAGAUAGUCAGUGAAGCAAUCAAGAGGAUAGACCUGGACUCUGACGAACCCGGGGAUGACGAGGAACAGAGACACCAGAGUGGGGGCAGUGGCGACGAAGAUGAUCAUGACGAGGUGGGUGGUUACUCAUCUUCGUUGCUACAACAAUUUGUGGAGAAAACAGAGCAGCUAUCCAAGGGUCCACGGGAGCAGCCAGGGUCCAGCUCACAGCCUCCACGUCGUCGGAGAGGCAGACCUCCUAAGACCUCAACCAACGCCAACGAGCAAAACAGACUGGUGAUGCCGGAGCUAGAGGCCUACAUGAGGCUGGACUGUUCUGUGUCUAAUGUGUCUCCAGACAGUGGGAUACAGAGUGUGGCCGGGUCACCCGCUCACCAGUGUUCACCCACCCACUCACCCGCCCCACCUCCCCCGCACCCAGACAAGCCCAAGCCUUCUACGGAAAAAAUCUCAAAACUGUACGCUACAACAGCAGAUCUGCUGGGAGAGAUUGGUGGCAAACGAGGACCAGGAAGGCCGAAAGGUUCGGGGAGACGUAAGAAAGGAAGAAGACUGAUAAACCCGGAACUGUUGCUAAACAAAGAAGAGUUUCGACACGCAAAAGAUGUUUUAAAGGUUCCUCCCUUCUACCGGCACGCUUCUCACCACAAGACUGUUGUCAACAUGGUGGAGAGCAACGACGAACUACCAAGAUUACCUGGGAUGAUUCCUGGAAAAAGAGGUCCCGGAAGGCCCAAGAAAACACCACCUACUCUGGAACCUAUCCUGCCUCUGGGGUUGGGGAAGAGUAAGAAACCUAUCGGCAAAGAAAGAUCGGAAGACAGGUUCUCAUUAUCAAGACAUGACAGCCAUUUGAAAAGCAGCGGCAGUCUCCUACACGACAUAUGCGAGAGAGUGAGCAAAAGACUAGACAUUCCCCUGCCUAUUGCGAAGCUGCCCAAAGCGGUUUAUGAACGCAGUGAAUCUUCAGGGUACAAAAAUUCAUCGGUGGAUGCAAAAUUGAAUUCAAGGAGCAAGCUGGAAGCGAUUAUUGAGAAGAGGAAGAAAGGGAGAAGAAAGAUGAUCCAGAAUCGGACCCUAGCAGUGUCCAAAGGAUUGAUGAGAAUGAGGCAACACAAGCAUAAGAAAAAGAAAAAGAUGAAAAAGACUGUUAUCAGCCUUGACCCUAGGUUUAUUACGGAUUUGGAAAAGCUAAUACAAGACUUCAACAAGAUGUGUUGUAUUAACACGGAAGCAGCUCCACCAAAAGUCUCCGACAAUCCUCAGCUACCCUCGAUAUUCCGGGUGAAAAGGAUUGUAAAGAAGAGGAAAGGUAGUGAGAGGGAUCGGGACUCUGGUCCAGAGGUGGGGGAACCGACAGCUACGACACCUGCAGUGGUCAAACGGAGACCGAAGAAAGGAGCUGUGGAAACGACCAAGAACCGAGAUCGGCCAGAAACAAACAACGAACAACGUCUUCCACUGAAGAAACGACAUUACCAUAUCUCGGCCCCAUCAGCUCCCACAAGUGAACCUUCUGAUUCACCCAAGGUAGACGUCAGUCAGGAACCCUCCAAGUCAUCAGGAGCCAAAGCUGCAAUCGUCAACACAACUGAGAAGUUUGGUGAUAAAAGUCACGUUACAUCCGGCGCGAAAACUAGCACAGGAAGUACAAAAUCAGUUCAAGAUAUCAAAGCCAAAGUUGAAACCCACCGAAACUCGAUUGAUGAAGCUAUUGAAGCGACUAUCACCAGGUAUUCACAUGAAUCGAGAUCUGUUAUUGUUACUCCCAAAAAACGACAUCGAUUAGAAAUGGAUAAGAAGGGAUCAGGUACAUCUCCUGUGGUAAGAAAUCUAUCUGGAAGUAAAACGGAGGGUUCAGUCGGAAGUCCUCAACCGACGAAGAGAGUCAGUUCGAGAAGUUCAAGCACCAAUCAGUCAGCACCGAGGACAGUUUCUCCCUCUCCGACGCCAUCGCAUAGUAAAAGAUCAACGUCGAGGGGAACCAACAAGGCCGAGACUAGGCAGAGUGUGAGUGAAGCUGCUCAGCCCUCAGCCAAACGAGCCAACAGCAAGAGAGCCUCCAGACUGGAUAAAACUGAGGAGAAACCCCUUCCUGUUACUUCAGCGACUCAAGCGGUUCUCAAUAAAAGGGUCGCAACUAGAGAGAAAGCUGCGUUGGAGAAGACAGCGGAAUCUAAAUCAGCAGUGGAAGAACCGACAAAACCACCUGUUCUGCAACAUGUAGGGCUCCUUAGUACCAGAUCAGCGAGUAAAAUACCACCAAAUGCUCCCUUGAUAACACCGAUACCUCCGACACCCGAGAAUAGUUCCUCCAAAUCUCACAGGUCCAGAUCAAACAAACCUCCUGCAGGAGUCUUUGAACCGUCCCUGAAAGCUGAUGAGCUGAUGAAUCUUGUCUCAAUCCCUCCCUCUGUGGUCAAUGAUGUGGAUAAUGUUCUUUGUCAGCUCAAUGAAAAACUGAAAGGGUUUGAUAAAUCUGAUUCACUUCCAAAACCGAUAUUAAAAUUGGAUGAAUCUCACAACGGUAGAAACAGGCCAAAGAGAUUACUAAAUGACUCUAGUGGCGAUGAAGAGAAGAAAUUCAAGAAAAGAAAAGUCAUUAGGGACAUAAGGGUCCAUGUUACUAAGCUUUCCCCUUCAGAUUUGGUUCUUAAAAAAGUUAUGGGUCAUCACGGUGUACUUAAGGCUAAGAUAAGAAGGAGAAAUCGAAUCAAUAGAACAGGUUUUCCUGUAAAGAAAAAGAAGAAAAAGAAAGUGGUUGAGGUUGUUCCGCAAAUUGAUGUUGUACCUGAGUUAAUUGUAAGCAAAGAUGUAAGGAAGGAAAAGCCAUGUGAUGUAAACACAGUUUUGAGUGACUUACCAGCGCCAGUGUUGUGUGUGAAGAAAGUGGAUGAUCCGGAAGUUACUACAGACGAAACAUCAAAAGUGGAAGACAAAUCUGAUGUGGAUACUGAUUCCAAACCAGACGAACUGAAAACGAAAGUAGAAAUUAAAACCAGUAAAGCCAAAAUUGUAGAAGAUAGCAAAAGAAAUAGAAAUAAAAUGGAUGAAGUCAAAGAACCUAAAAUAAAAACUGACAACAGCAAAAUAACAAAAUCCAAAACAGAAGAUGAAACUAAACUAAAAGAGGAAGGCAAGCUUAGUGAUUUAGAUGAAGAUAAAUCACUUUGUGAUAGGUUUGAAGAAGAACAGGAAACAUCUCCUCCGAGUAAUAAGAUUAAAAAAGUAGAAGAAGUGAAACCACCGAACGCAAGACUCACAAAAAGACAAGUAUCGACAAAGGCUGAAAUCCAAAACAACAAUAAGACUGAAACUACUCUAAACGAAGAGACAACUAUGAAAGGUAAAGUUGAAUUGCGGAAAAGUAGCCGAAGACUGAUGAUGUUGAAAGCAAGACAAAGGGUGGAGGCUAGCAAAAGAAGGAAAAGAAAACAGAAACUGACGCUGGAUCAAGAUAUUAUUCCGAGAGAAGAAAGAUCGCCCAGUCCAGAGUUGCCACCUCCUUCACCAAUGGAAGAGAAUCUACCUCCACCAGAAGUCAGAGCCCUUCCUUCCAAGAGGUUGAGAAGAGCAAGGGAGGAGGGGGAAAGAGAAGACAGUGAUGCUGAUUCAACAAAAUCCCGGAAAAAGCCUCCUCCAAGAUGGCGUAAGAAGUUUCUGACUGCUGGCCUGUUUUCUGAUUGUUACAAAGAAGACGAACCUCGCAAAAGCACAGAGAUAACUAAGAUGGGUCGACUGACGUACAACCCAGCAGAGCACAGGUUUGGUCUGCUACCUCCGCCGUACUACUGUGGCAAGUGGGUGAGACAACGGAGAAUUCACUUCCAGCUGCCACACGACCUCUGGUGGCUCCACACCAACAACCAGCUGCCUGGACGUGACAUAGUGCCGUCCUGGAACUACAAGAAGAUCAGAACAAAUGUGUAUUAUGAUGUAAAGCCGGUUCUGCUGUACGAAGCGCAGGCUUGCAACUGCAAGGCUCAAGACAACGUUAAGGCGUGUGGUGAGGACUGCAUCAACCGCAUGACUUACACAGAAUGUUGCCCACAUCAGUGUCCGUGUAGAGAACGAUGUAGCAACCAGCGGAUACAGCGGCACGAGUGGGCUCCGGGCCUUGACAAGUUCAUGACCAAGGACAAGGGUUGGGGAGUGAAGACCAAGUAUGCUAUAAAGUGUGGCGAGUUCAUCUUGGAGUACGUGGGAGAGGUGGUGAGUGAAAAGGAGUUCAAGAACAGAAUGGCGUCGAGGUACCAACACGACACCCACCAUUACUGCCUCAAUCUGGACGGAGGACUCGUCAUCGACGGCCAUCGAAUGGGGGGAGACGGGAGGUUUGUAAACCACUCAUGCCAGCCUAACUGUGAGAUGCAGAAGUGGAGCGUUAAUGGACUGUUCCGCAUGGCUCUGUUUGCUCUAAGAGACAUCCAGCCGCAUGAGGAACUCACCUACGACUACAACUUCUCCUUGUUCAACCCUGCGGAAGGACAGAAAUGCAAAUGCGGCUCGAAGAACUGCAGAGGUGUGAUAGGUGGUAAGUCACAGCGUGUGCCGAUGAACAACUCGACAUCAACGACCACGAGUACCGAGAGUUGUGAGAAAGCGACACGCAGGCCUCGUAAGUCGUGUAGGUCUCGGACAGAUAGCCGCAAGUCUCAGGUGAACAAGACGCAGGGUGUGGUGAGUGUGAGUGUCGCCACCACAGCCACCGCUACCACCGCCACUGCUACCAACACGACACCAGUAGUAGUGAGGGAGAGCAAGGAACUGAGCCAAGAGGCCAUCAUGGCCAGACUGAACGUGCUGUUGCCUCUCAAGCCACUCGCUCCACAACAGAGAACAUUCGUACUGCAGAGUCGAGUCUUCUUGCUGAGGAAUUUGGAAAAGGCUAAACAGCUGAGAGAGAAGCUGAAGCAGGUUGUGCGAGGGACAGAGGAAGUUCCAGGCUCCACCACUGCUACCACAGCACCCCCUGCAGCUGCUCCCACAGUCAAGGAGUCAGAUGUGUUCCUGUCCCAGCUGAACGCCCUCAGUACACCUCGCAACAUCCGGACACGCCGGCUCGCACAAGCCCAGGACAAUCCGGAGAUGACAAAAACUGCGAAGCUGGCUCACAUCUUCCGCAACUUGUACAACUCAGUCGCUCAGGCUAAAGAAGAAGAUGGGGAACUGCUGGCGGCGCCACUGGUGACUUUGCCAUCCAAACGUAAACUGCCGCAGUACUACCAGCGGGUCAGUGAGCCGAUAGAUCUGACCACUAUUGAGCAAAACAUCGUCACAGGAGUGUACAAGACAGUGGAUCUGUUUGACCAAGACAUGUGUCGAUUGUUCUCUAACAAUGUGAGGUUCCACGGCCGCACCUCUGAUAUCGGCAUCGCAGCCACGAGGUUACGCAAGAUCUACAGCGUGGCUAAACUAGAGUUUGUGGAACAGCUGAGGGAGAUCCUUGGGGACGAGUUGCCAGCAACCUUCAUACCUGAGCAGGAAGAUCCGGGUGCAGAAGAGGAGGAUGUGAUCCGCUGCAUCUGCGGAAUGUUCAGGGACGAAGGGCUGAUGAUCCAGUGUGAGCGAUGUCUGGUGUGGCAACACUGUGACUGUGUCAAGGCUGACACCGCGGCAGAGAAGUACCUGUGUGAGAGAUGCAGUCCGAGACCUGUAGACCUGGAGAUUCCUCUGGAGAUUGUACCUGACUACGCUACCGAGGGACAGACUCACUACAUGACUCUGCUGCGCGGCGAACUGCAGCUCAGGCAAGGGGAUACGGUGUACGUAUUGAGAGACAUGCCCAACGAAGAGACUGGCUCCUCGACCACUCCGCCCUCCAAACACACCUACAAGACUAUCAAGAACAUCAAGUUCUCCGACUGUGAUAUUUUCAAAAUCGAGCGACUCUGGAAGGAUGAAAAGGGUGAGAGAUACGCGUUUGGUCAUCACUACCUCAGACCUCACGAGACCUUCCAUGAGCCGACGCGGAAGUUCUUCCCCAAUGAGUUGAUGAGAAUCCCCCUGUAUGAAGUGGUGCCUCUGGACCUGAUCAUGGGCCACUGCUAUGUGCUAGAUAUAAACACUUAUUGCAAGGGCCGACCUGUAGGAGCAGACCCUCAACACAUCUACAUCUGCGAGUAUCGGGUGGACAAGAGUGCCAGACUGUUUGCCAAACUUGCCAAGUCCAAGACGCCCCCGGUGUGUCUCAAGAGCUAUGCAUUUGAUAAGUUCGACCAGCGUCUCAAGAUUACCAGGACAUACACUCCUCACGGGCAAGUGAAGGGGACGAGUGUGAGUCGGGGUCGUGGAGGUCGCAGUGCCAUGGAGGACACAACAACAACAACGGCAACCACAGUGUCUAUAGCCACAACUACAGAGGAUGAUGAACUACCACUGGCCACUAAGAGAGCGCAACAGAAAGCCUCGCUGAACAGCCUGCUACUGCGACUGCUGGCAAGACUACCCAGCAAGCAGCCACUGGACCUGUCCUACUUACUGGAGCCCGGACGUCGUCAUCGCAAGAGACCUGCACUGCUCAGUCCAUGA